AUGACUGCUAUCCAAGAUGAUACCAAUACCAAUAGCAAUAACAACAACAAUAACAAUAACAAUGAGAAUGAGAAUGAGAACAACAAUGACGAAGUUAACGACGAAGGCAACAAUACUGGCUUAUCAGUACUAAAGCAUCUGAAUGGCAAUCAAGAAUGUAAGGCAAUUGCAUUAAGAAGAGACUCAAAAUCACCUCAAAGUAUACAAAAGAAUGGAGAACACGAAGACCAAGAACAGGAUCAACCUAAUAUCCCACAAGAACCUACAUUAGCAACUACAACUACAACUUCAACUAAUCGCCUUUCAACUCUUUUCUUCUGGAAUCAACCAACAACUCAACCACCAGCAGUUGACGAAUCUCCAAUUAUAGAAGAUGAAGAGUCAUCUACAGUUAAGAAUGAUAUCAAUGGAGUAGCAGAUAGUACCAACACGACAGAAGAACAACCAACCCAGGAUCAAAAUCAGGCUGAACCCGAGCCAGAACAACAACCGCAAGAACAACCAAAUCCCCAAACUCAACCUCAACCACAAGAACCAGAUCCAGAGACAAACAACCCUAAUGACACAUCCGGUCAAUGGUGGAGUCAAUUCCAAUCUAUAAAUUCAGUAGUUGCAUAUGUAAAUAAUCUAUCCCAAGAGGUUGCCCCUACAGAACAAACUCCGCUACUUUCAGCCAACUCCAACACUACAGAUGCAUCUCAACAACAACAGCAACCAACAGGCCAAUCUUGGUGGGAUUGGGUUUGGACACGAGAUAAUGGAGAUAAUGAAGAUGAGUAUGAUGCAUCGCAUACUUCAAAUCUACAAUACUUUAAAGCUGCCAAGCAAGCAAUUGAAACCGCAAAAGAGGUUUCUCAUUACGCAUUCAAAAGUUCAUUUACAAAUCAUAUUAAUACGCAUACAAAAGAAGUUGAAUUGGCCGUUGUUGGAACCAUGACUGAAACCCAACCAGUGCGAUAUCAUUCCCGAAAAGAGCCAUUGUUGCCAAAUGAAGUACAAGAGAAAUCACUCCGUAAUCGACCUGGCAGUUCAUCGGCAAGUUCAAUGCUAGAAGGAAAUAGUAAUUCUUCCGGAACACCAAAACUAAGUUCAAAAGUGGCCCCACACUUUGAGGAUAACUACAGAACAAGAACAUGGAAGACGAAGUUAAGAAUAUUAUCUCAGGAUGUAGUAUGCAGUUUGAAGAAAGAAAAUCAUUUAUAUAAACAACCCUUAAUUGAAAUUCGAAAUAAUAAACGGAGAAAGUUAAACAAGAUUGUCAUAAUUUCCAUUCAUGGAUUCCUACCUACAAAAUUUGUUAGGGCAAUUAUUGGACAAAACACGGGGAAUUCUAUUCGAUUUGCCACUCAUGCUUCAAAAGCAGUACUCAAAUGGUUGAGCCAAGAUAAUCCUGGAUUUAAGAUUUCGGAUUAUGACAUAGAAACAAUUGCAUUAGAAGGGGAAGGGAAAAUAAAUGAGCGAGUAGAGAAGUUGUAUAAAUUAUUGGAUAAUUGGAUGGAUAUGUUAGAUAAGAGUGAUUUCAUAUUUUUUAUAAGUCAUGGUCAAGCCACUCCAGUUGCGAUUAAUUUAAUGGCCAAGUUAUUGCAUGAACAUCUGCAUUGGCACUAUUGGAAGAAGUUGGGAUUGUUGUCAAUGUCAGGAUUACAAUUAGGUCCAUUUAUGGGAUUGGAUACAAAAAUUGUAACUAGAGCAUUUACAUCUAUGGAAAAUGAAAUAAUUCGAGAAUUAUUUGAAUUUCAAAAACCAUAUUCAAAACUUUCCUUACAAUUAAAUGAAUCAAUGAAGAUAUUAAUGAAAAAUAAUGUAAAAGUUACUUUUAGUGCUUCGGUUACUGAUCAAUUUAUCCCACUCAGUUCAUCCCUCGCAUUACAAUUUGCCCAUCCGAAUAUCCAUAGAAACAUUUUCCAAGCUAAAUCGGACAUUCAAACCGUGAUGGAUACAACCACCCCAUCCAACGUAUCUGAUUCAUCAAAUUCUCCAUUCUUAACAAAUCUACUAAUUAUUAUCUGCAUGAUGAAGAAUGUAGGAAAAGAUUUCGAUUAUAAUAUCAUUCGAGAAUUAAGUGAUAAAUUCAAUCUCGAGGGAACUCCAAAAGGACAUUGUAAACUAUUUGAUGAUGAACAAGUAUAUAUGGAAUCAAUUCAGUAUUGUUUAGAAACCACUGAUUUGAUCCAUUCUCAAGAAUUAUCCAUAAAUAUUUUAAAACCAUUGGAUAGUGCCAGUUUUCAUAGUUUAUUACCUUGGAAUAUCAGGAGUUUGUUCCAGGAUUUGGUGCAGAUUAAACAUAUCGGAAGUGUGAAAUUGAUUGAAGAGUUAUUGUUCCGGUUUAAAGCUUGGCAACCUACUCCGAAACAAUGGAAAGAUAUAAAAUAUUGUUUAGACGUUUUGAAUGAUUUUGAAAUUGAGGAUUUAUUUUUGUGA